CCCCCACCCCCCCCCCCCCCCACCCCCCCCCCCCCCCACCCCCCCCCCCCCCCACCCCCCCCCCCCCCCACCCCCCCCCCCCCCCACCCCCCCCCCCCCCCACCCCCCCCCCCCCCCACCCCCCCCCCCCCCCACCCCCCCCCCCCCCCACCCCCCCCCCCCCCCACCCCCCCCCCCCCCCACCCCCCCCCCCCCCCACCCCCCCCCCCCCCCACCCCCCCCCCCCCCCACCCCCCCCCCCCCCCACCCCCCCCCCCCCCCACCCCCCCCCCCCCCCACCCCCCCCCCCCCCCACCCCCCCCCCCCCCCACCCCCCCCCCCCCCCACCCCCCCCCCCCCCCACCCCCCCCCCCCCCCACCCCCCCCCCCCCCCACCCCCCCCCCCCCCCACCCCCCCCCCCCCCCACCCCCCCCCCCCCCCACCCCCCCCCCCCCCCACCCCCCCCCCCCCCCACCCCCCCCCCCCCCCACCCCCCCCCCCCCCCACCCCCCCCCCCCCCCACCCCCCCCCCCCCCCACCCCCCCCCCCCCCCACCCCCCCCCCCCCCCACCCCCCCCCCCCCCCACCCCCCCCCCCCCCCACCCCCCCCCCCCCCCACCCCCCCCCCCCCCCACCCCCCCCCCCCCCCACCCCCCCCCCCCCCCACCCCCCCCCCCCCCCACCCCCCCCCCCCCCCACCCCCCCCCCCCCCCACCCCCCCCCCCCCCCACCCCCCCCCCCCCCCACCCCCCCCCCCCCCCACCCCCCCCCCCCCCCACCCCCCCCCCCCCCCACCCCCCCCCCCCCCCACCCCCCCCCCCCCCCACCCCCCCCCCCCCCCACCCCCCCCCCCCCCCACCCCCCCCCCCCCCCACCCCCCCCCCCCCCCACCCCCCCCCCCCCCCACCCCCCCCCCCCCCCACCCCCCCCCCCCCCCACCCCCCCCCCCCCCCACCCCCCCCCCCCCCCACCCCCCCCCCCCCCCACCCCCCCCCCCCCCCACCCCCCCCCCCCCCCACCCCCCCCCCCCCCCACCCCCCCCCCCCCCCACCCCCCCCCCCCCCCACCCCCCCCCCCCCCCACCCCCCCCCCCCCCCACCCCCCCCCCCCCCCACCCCCCCCCCCCCCCA